AUGCCCCAAGCCUCGAACGGUUCGAACGGUCAAGCGACCCGACGGCCGCUCCCCUGCGGCGUCUACGCCCCAACCAUGACCUUCUUCGACCCCGAAACCGAAGACCUCGACAUCCCCACCAUCAAGAAGCACUCGGAGCGUCUCGUCCGCGCUGGUCUCGUCGGGCUGGUGACCAUGGGCUCCAACGGCGAAGCCGCCCACUGCACGCGCGAGGAGAAGCUGGCCGUCACCAAAGCCACGCGGGAGGCCCUCGACGCCGCCGGCUUCCCCCAGACCCCCGUCAUCAUCGGCGCCACCGAGGGCAGCGUGCGCGGCACCGUCGAGCUCUGCCAGCUAGCCCCCGCCGCGGGGGCCGACUACGCCCUGAUCCUCCCGCCGUCCUACUUCCGCAGCCAGAUGGACGAGGAGGCCAUCCACGACUAUUUUGCCGCCGUGGCCGACGCGAGCCCCCUCCCGCUGAUCCUGUACAACUACCCCGGCGCCGUCUCGGGCAUCGACAUGGACAGCGAUCUUCUCGUUCGGUUGGCGCGCCACCCCAACAUCGCCGGCACCAAGUUCACCUGCGGCAACAACGGCAAGCUGACCCGCGUCGCCCUCGCCGCCGACGCCAAGACGCCGCGUUCGCAAGGGUCCGGGUAUAUGGCGUUUGGCGGCAUGUGCGACUUCACCGUCCAGACCCUGGCGAGCGGCGGUAGCGGCAUCAUCGCCGGCGGGGCCAACGUCAUGCCCCGCGUGUGCGCCCGCGUGUGGAACCUCUACGCCGAGGGGAAGACGGAGGAGGCGAUCGCUUUGCAGAAGGAGCUGAGCCGCGCGGACUGGUUCCUCACCAAGGCUGCGGUCCCCGGUACCAAGGGCGCUAUCCAGAGUUAUUUCGGCUAUGGUGGCUACGGCCGCCGCCCGUUGAAGCGGCUCGAUGAGGAGAGGACCCGGUAUAUUGCUGAUGGGAUAAAGGAGAUUAUGGAGAUUGAGAACUCUCUAUAG